UGGAGCCUGAACCCUGGCGUAAUCGCCAGCCAACGUCCAACGAUUGGCUCGACUCUUUCAGACUUCCCUACCCCACCCUCGCCGUCGCCGUUUCCGGCCGGUUCGCGUCGGCGGGCACAUGCCCACGACCGACGUCUACCGCGAGGCGGAGAAGCGGUGGCGCCACUCGCUCCAGGAGCCCGGCGAGGAACUAAUCGACUUUGAGCUCGCCGACGAUCGAGUCCGCCGGGUGGAUGUGGCGGCCGACGCGCCCGACUGGCUGCGCGGCGCGCAGCUGUACGCGUUGUGUGGUGUCGAUGGCUUCCGCUUCCUUCGCUGCCCGUUCUCGCCAGAGGAGGAGCUCCGCUGGAGCCACGCCGCCCUCGCCGCAUGGACGGAGCCCGAGGCGAGCGAGUCCAACCUCGACCUGACGCACGCCGGCGAGCGGGGCGCGCUGUGGGCGCAGCACGAGGCGGCGCCGUCCUCGUCGGCGCUGCGGCACCUGAGCUGGGUCACGCUCGGCUACCACUACCAGUGGAGCGAGAGGCGGUACGAUGAGGCGAGGCGCUCCCCCUUCCCGCCGGCGCUCGGCGCGCUAGGCGCGGACCUCGGCCGCGCCGUCGGCCAGCCGCUGCGCCCCGAGGCUGCGAUCGUCAACUACUACGCGCCCCGCUCCUCGAUGGGAGGGCAUUGCGACGACGCCGAGCCGUGCCAGGACGCGCCGAUCGUCUCGCUCUCCUUUGGCCUCUCCGCCACCUUCCUGCUUGGAGGGCCCUCCCGACACGCCGCGCCGCUGGCGAUGCGGGUCCGCUCGGGCGACGUGGUGGUGCAGGGCGGCGCCUCGCGCGGCUGCUACCACGGUGUCGCGCGCGUCCUGCGAGGCACCGCGCCCGCUCGCUUGCGCGAGGCGGCCAGCGCCGGCGGCGGCGGCGGAGGCGGCGACGACUUGCGGGGCGUGGCGGAGUGGCUCGAGCGCGGCCGUAUCAACAUCAACGUGCGGCAGGUCGGGCCGGAGGCCGGGUGGGACGAGGAUCCGGAUGCAGCGGCGGCAGUGUUGGCCGGCGGCCGCCGGUGUCGGGACGACGGGUGAUCAGCCGAGCGGAGUGAGGCUUCCUUCUCUUCUUUUUCGUUCGAGCGUGCAUGCGUGCACGUGGAGCG